AUGAGUGGCAAGUAUAAGGGUGUUCAGGCUCAUAUUUUAAAAUCAAACCCUCUGGCUGUGGACUCACCAUGUGGAUGCCACAGUUUGAACUUAUGUGGAGUAUGCGCUGCUGAGAGUGGUACUGAAGCACACACUUUCUUUAAUGUUGUUCAGAAUCUGUACAAUUUAUUCAGUUGCAGCCCAAAAAGAUGGGAGCUUCUGAAAAAGAUAGUAGGAUCUUCAGUGCACUCAUUGUCUGAUACGAGGUGGAGUACUAGAGUAGAAUGUGUGAAACCAAUAGCGGCACACAUAGGCAAAAUCAUUGAGGCAGUUUCAUCAUUGUUGAAUCUUAACGUAACUGUUGAAAUGAGAGCCGCAAUCAAUGAGGUUUUAGAAUAUCUUAAUACCUUCAAGUGCAUCCUCAUGGCGUCAAUUUGGGUGAAAGUGUUGGUACCCAUCAACUACAGAAGUCAACUACUUCAAACUAUGGACGCUACUUUGGAUGUUGAGAGUAGUAAUAUAGAGAGCCUAAUUGAUGAUUUAAGUGCCUUAAGAAAUAACUGGGACAAGAUAUUGUCUGAAUGCAAACAUGUUGCAAAUGCUUAUGGUAUCGAACCGGAACUCUCCACUUCCCGUGCAAGAAAGAGGAAGACUUUUCACGAUGAAACAGCUACAGAAGGUGUAAUGUUAAAUUUAUCCCCGGAAGAACGCUUCAAAACAGAAGUUUUUUACAUAAUAAUUGAUGUUUUGGUGGCCAACCUGAAAACGAGGUUCACAGCACUGAGAGAAAUCGAAAUGAAAUUUUCAUUUUUAUGGAAGUAUAACGAAAUGGACGAGAAUACGAUCUCAGAAAGUUGUGUAAGAUUCGCCGAAGAGUACAAUUCAGAUGUAAGCAGGGAUCUAGUUGAUGAAAUGAUUUACUUGAAAACUGUUAGUAAAUCAAAAAUCUCAGAUACGUCGCUGAAACCAGCAAAACUUUUGAACAAGCUCGUGUCCCUUAAUGUGACAAAUCUUUUCCCCAAUGUGUGCAUUGCUCUUCGCAUGUUCUGUUGCCUACCAGUAUCCGUUGCUCAGGCCGAGAGAUCAUUUAGUGUUUUAAACCGAAUUAAGAAUUGUUUAAGAUCUACUAUGGGUCAAAAACGAUUAUCUGAUUUGGGACUGUUAAGCAUAGAGUCGAAACUUGCAAAAACUCUUGACUUCGACAACGUGAUCCAAAACUUUGCUGAUAUGAAAGCAAGAAAAGUGUUGUAA